CCUCAACAACCUCGAAUAUCCUCACUUUGACCCAGAUUCAAAGCCCUGAAUCAACGCCAGAGCUUCCAGCACUUAUAUGGGAGAUCCUAUUGGCGAAGCCAACUAGCUCCACGCAGUGACGCCCGGCGAGGCCCUCGGAGAGCCAUCCUGGGAAGGCCUGCGCAGGCCACAAGAUCUCAUGCCCGUCUCCGUCCCAUUCCGUUCAUCAGAUCAGAUCGCGCAAUCCACCCUUACUAGCACAUUAUCGAUAUCGAAACGUUGACAAUCACUCAAAUUGCCCCAUCUCAGCGUUCAUUCAGGAUGUUGGCAACACGUAGUCGUCAGAUAUGCUCUCGCGGGAUCUCGAUGUGCUCUCUCAGGAAUCCUUUACUUGUUCCCAACGUCUUCUACAGCUCAUAUCAACGUCGACUCUUCAACCCUUCAUUCAAACCUACCCUUCCAGAAAGGUCGUGGGACAGCCAUAUCCAUAUUAUCGACCCCGAGAAGUAUCCGCUCCCCAAAAGUGUCAAGCCUCCCCAAGAAGCGACAAUGGGCCAAGCACUUGCCAACGCUGAACAGCUUGGAUUGCCGAACAUGGUGUUUGUCCAGUUAUCUACAUACGGCAACGAUAAUACCUGGGUUUUAGAUGCUCUAAGAGAAGUCGGGCCUGCUAGAGGUCGUGGUGUCGUUGCAUUCGAUUCGGAACAUGUCGAUUCUCAGACUCUUCAACAAUGGCAUGAUCUUGGUGUUCGAGGCGUCCGACUCAACCUUAAAUCGGCUAAAACUGUCUUAUCGAAAACCGAAAUCCAGACCGUACUACGCAAGUACGCCGAAAAACUGCGGCCGAUGAAGACGUGGUCGAUCGGGUUGUACGCUGACAUGGAGGUACUUGAUCACGUUCAACCAUUGGUGUCCGAACUCCAGGUGAAGUUCGUGCUUGAGCACUUCGCUUCUCCAGCAAGCUUGCCAUUGGACCCGGCCCAGCAGCCAGGUUGGGAUGCUCUGAACAGCAUGAUGGAAGACCCCCGCGUUUACGUGAAAAUUUCCGCACCGUAUCUGUAUUAUAUUUAAAUUAAUUAUUUUUUUUUAUUAAAAAAGUUU